UUCUGUGGACAAGCCAAACAGUCGCGCACGGGCAACGCCAGCAAGCGAACGCCAUCGCCAUCGCCACCGUCACCGUCACCGUCGGCUGAUACUCAACUCAGUACCAGCUACGAUACUCAAGGGACUCAGGGAUACUCACUUGGCAGCGACAGCUCCUGCUUCUAAUCAGACACAUGGAGUACCUCAGCGCCCAGUGCGCCGCCCGGUCGGCGGGUCCGGCCAACACGCUCAUGUCCCUGCUGGUGCACACGCUGAUCUCCAAGUACUGCGACCUCAGCGGACAGCAGCAGUGGCCGCUGGACCAGGGAGACUGGCUGGACCAGGCGGGCGACUUCGAGCAGGACUAUGACUUCAUUGUGGUGGGAUCGGGCAGUUCGGGCGCAGUUGUGGCCGGCCGUCUGGCGGAGCAGGCCAAUUGGCGCAUCCUGCUGUUGGAGGCGGGCGGCGAUCCGCCCAUCGAGACGGAGUUCGUGGCCUGGCACAUGGCCACACAGUUCUCCGACUGGGACUGGCAGUACCACACGGAGCCGAAUGGACGCGCCUGCAUGGCCAUGCAGGGGGAGAGUUGCCACUGGCCCAGGGGCAAGAUGCUGGGCGGCACCAACGGUAUGAAUGCGAUGAUCUAUGCACGCGGCACGCGCUUCGACUUCGACGACUGGGAGGCACGUGGCAAUCCCGGCUGGGGCUACGACCAGGUCCUGGAGCACUUCCGCAAGGCCGAGGAUCUGCGCUCCACCCGCGAGGGCUACACGCCGGGCGACCACGGCGUCGGCGGACCCAUGAUCCUCAACAACUACGUCUCCGACAACGAGUUCCGCACCACCAUCCGGGCCGGCAUGCAGGAGAUGGGCUACGGCAGUGCCCCCGACUUCACCGAGGGCUCCUACGUCGGCCAAAUGGACAUCUUGGGCACCCAGGACGGCGGCCGGCGCAUCACCACCGCUCGCUCCCACCUGCGCAAGGACACGCCCAAUCUGCACAUUCUGCGCCACGCCCACGUCAAGCGGCUGAACCUCAACAAGCAGAAUCGCGCCGAGAGCGUCACCUUUGUGCAUCGCGAGAAGAAGGAGUACACGGUGCUUGCCCGCAAGGAGAUCAUCCUGUGCGCCGGCGCCAUCGGCUCCCCCCAGAUCCUGCUGCUCUCAGGCGUUGGACCCGCUGAUCAUCUGAAGAGCGUGGGAAUUCCCGUCAAACUGGAUCUGCCCGUGGGCCACAACCUCAAGGAUCAUGCCAGCCUACCGGUGAUCUUCCAGAUCGACAAGUCAACGGCCCGCAAGCCCACCGAGGAGGAGCUGGUGGACGCCAUGUACAACCUGCUGAUGGGGCGCCACAGCAAGCUGCUGCAUCACGAGGCCACCGCCCUGACGGGCUUCAUCAACACAACCUCGGUGGAGGGUCCCAAUCCGGACAUCCAGACGACCAACUUCUUCAGCCUGAUGCAGAGCCCGGAGCUGAAGGGCUAUGUGGCAGCCACCGGAUUCAACGAUCGCGUGGCCAGGAGCAUACUGUCCGCCAACCAGAAGUCCAACACGUACAUCACGUACCUGCUGCACCUGAAGCCCUUCUCCGCCGGCCGCCUCGAGCUGCAGUCGAAGAACUACCUGGAUGCCCCGCUCAUCGAUCCCGGCUACAUGACCGACGAUAGGGACGUGGACACCUACAUCCGGGCACUGAACAUCUACAAGCGCCUGCCCGAGACGAAGGCCUUCAGUGAGCGCGAGGCGGCUCUGCACAAGGUCGAUCUGGCGGCCUGCAACGAUAUCCGCUACCAGUCGGACGACUACUGGCGCUGCUACAUCCGCCACAUGACCACCACCGUCUACCAUCCGGUGGGCACCACCAAGAUGGGUCCCGCCGGCGAUCCCACGGCCGUGGUGGACGCCCGUCUCAGGGUCCACGGAGCCAAGGGACUGCGCGUGAUCGAUGCCAGCAUCAUGCCCGACAUUGUGGGGGCCAACACGAACGCUGCCUGCAUCAUGAUCGGCGAGAAGGGUGCGGACAUGAUCAAGGAGGAUUAUCAGCAGCACACCGAGCUAUAAGCUCAACGAUAUUCAUAGCAUAGAUCAACCGUUGUUUUUUUUUUUUUUUUGUCUUU